AUGAAUAAAAUUAUUGAUUCAAUAGAAAAAUUAGAUAUCUUCGGUGUACCUGUAGCUUUAUUAACAAACGAAAAUGAACCAAAGUUCAAAAGCAAAUUAGGAGGAUUUAUUUCACUAAUAGUAGGAAGCACAAGUUUGGCUUAUUUUUUCUAUAUCAUGAUCUUAUGGAUAAAUAAUUAGGUCCCUCCAAAUGUAAGUGCAAAGUAACAAACAACUGGAUAUUCAGAAUUUGCAUGGUCUGAACCAUUAAUCACAUUUAGUUUAUAUGACUUUUCCUCAGAUAUUGAUCCUUUUAGAAAAGAAAAGAACUUUAUUACUCCCUUAUUAUUUACCAUUCUUGAUAGCAGGAUCGAAGAUUAACCUAUGUUAUUGUAUAGCACAGAAGACCACCCCAGAUAGUUUUAAGUUGAGGAAGGAUCACUAAUUUUGAAUAAUGUAUAUGGAAAGGAUGAAAUACAUAAAGAAAUGAAACAAUAUUUGCUAACUUUUGUGAUGUGUUCAGAUGAAUUAAAUAUAAAAGGGAUAACUUGUGCAGAUGCUAAUGAAAUAUAACAAUACAUAUAAAAUGAUCAUGGAUUUCUGUUUAUCACAAUUAAGCUACAUCAAUUAAAUUAUGUUACAAGAGAACUAGAAUCGUUUGAAAAAUAAUUCUAUUCUGCUUUUGAUCCAAGAAGAACAAUUUAUUCUUAGGUUAUGUUAAAAUAAUAGGAAACUAUAAUUGAUGAUGGAAUUCUUUUCGAUAAGCUCAGACAUUAUUUUUUCUUGAAUAAUUAUGAAAUUACAAAUUAAUCAGUAGAUAUUGAUUUUAUGACAUCCUAAAUUUAUUUUAUUGCAAUAAAUUCUUAUUUAUUUAGAAUUGACAAUAUUUCUAUAGUUGAAAAUGUAAUUAUGCCUAAAUUAGGUUAAAUAUUAGCUUAAAUAGGAUCGAUAGUUUAAUUGAUUUUUAUCUUAUAAUAUUUUGCUGUGUACUAUAAUAAAUAAUUAUUUGAAAAUUAAUAAACUCAUGAUAUCAUAACGAUGUAUUAUCCAGAAUUUAAAGAAUUACAAUUAGAUCGAUUUAAUCAAAUAAAGUUCAAUCAUAAAGAAAAAACUAAAUCUCCAAAAUAAAGUGUAAGUUCAGCUUAUAAAAUGUUAUAAAAAGGGGCUAAAUAAAAAUGUAGGUUAAACAAUAUAUUAUAUGAGAUAUCUAGAUUAUAAUUUGUUUUUCAAUAGCAAUUAGGGAAUUAAGCAUUUUAAUUUUGUCAUACUUUUGGAGGGUUGAUUUCUGAGAAUCUGUUUGAAACUAUAAAUAUGAAAGAAUCUAAUUAAAUGAUGGUCUAUCCUUUUGAUUCAUUUGAAUAGACGUAAAAUAAAGUGGUUCACAUAGAACCUUUAGAAUUAUUAAUAAAAUAAAAUUGA